UAUACGUCACUUUUAUUGCUUAUUUUGCAUCAUUAUUUUUAUAUCGAUUUUCAUGUGAAAAUCUGUUAUUAACAAUACAAAUAUACCCAACAGCGUUGCGGGGCAAGAAAUUUUGCAUCAUUAUCGAUUUUCACGUGAAAUCAGUCUGUACUAACAGGUUAUCGUGCUCAAUAAAAUUACAAAUUACAAAAAUAAACAUUAAGACGUGAGAAAUUUUGUGCUGAUAGCUUUAGAAAAGGUUUUCUGCAACUAAAAAAAGUAAACUAGUAAAAUUUGCGAGAUGUAUCCCGUUGAUUAUACCUCGCAGCAAGGAUAUAUGUAUAACACACCAUCGACACAGAAGUAUCCAGCGAAUUUGGGAACAUCCACAAGUUAUGAUUCACAGAAUAGCGCCGCAGCAUAUAGCACCAACAAUACAAGUUAUUCGAAGAUGUUUUCCGCCGGAUCGACAUCACAGCAAUCGUAUAGCUAUGGCACAUCAACACAAAAGUACGAUGGGUACACGGGAGCUGUAUCAACCACAGGCUCCCUUCGUUCAGCAACUCAAUCCAAUUACACCAACAAUUCGAGUUAUUCCACAAGUUCGUCAAGCAUCCAACCGUCCUACAACCCACUCCUCGCUUCAUAUACCAUCUCAUUGUAUUCCGGUAUUUCGAACUCUACAUCUAGCAAUGAUCAAGAACCAGCUUCGAAGAAAACCAAUUACGAUAAUCACUGGGUCAAACGAGAUUUUCAUCGCAAAACCACUCCCUAUACGGGUGAAAAGGGAAUGAAUCUACUACAGAAAAUGGGCUGGAUGCCUGGAGAGGGUCUUGGCAAGCAGAAGAACGGCUCGUUGGAACCACACUUACCCUACAUCAAGGUGAACAAACGCGGUUUGGAUGUUUCCAUAGAAAAGAAACAGAAGCAAAAUCUUAAAAUUGUUGGCACUGUUAAAAAGAAAUCCGCAGCAACCACUCUCGUUACCGAGGGUAAACAUCCGAUUUCAAUUUUGGCCGAGUACUGCAGUAAGCAGCGAAUAGAUCUACCAAUAUAUCGUGCCGUUGUCGAUGAGGGUCCCAUUCACGCAAAAAACUACGUGUUCAAGGUUAUCGUCAACGGAGUCGAGUAUGAGGCAGAAACGGGAAGCCACAUCAAGAAAUCUGCGCAAUCUGAAGCAGCCAAGAAGUGUCUCCAGCAGUUGGGCCUUUUACCUUAGGUUAAUGUGACCAGACAGUCCGGGAAGUGUCCUGCAUUUGCCAAAAUGCAAAUUAUUCCAAAAUAUCCAUACUGCACAUUCAUAUUGUUCAAAACAUCCAUAAAAGUGCUGUCUAAUCUGGAUUAAGUGAGGAAUGUACAAAUUCAGCCUAUUUAUUCUGAUUGUCUCGGUACCUUUUUCGACGUCUAAUGUGAGCCAGGUCAUGCAUCCUUACGAAAAGUUUCUUAGUUUCACACAAGUUGCGCAAAUAUUUGGUGAACGUACAGUGUUAAUAGGUUACGCGUAUCGCUUUCUUCCUGAAAAUGGGAACGUGAGCAAAUUAUAAUAUUAAACCGAUAAUUUAAAAUAUAUUCAAUUCAGGUUUGGGCAGCAAAUGUCUAAG